AGGAGGAGGGAUCGGCAGGAUCGGCGCGCUCGGCCGGGGCCGCCAGCGGGGCCGGGGCCUCGGCGGGGAGGCGGUGGCACCGGGGUGGCCGGUGCGGGGCGGCGGCGCCAUGUCGGAUCAGCAGUUCGCUCUGGACUCAGCGGCGGUAGCGGCUGGCGCCGGGGGCAGCGCGGCGGAGCCGGCGGAGCAGCCUGAGGGGCAGGCGGGGGCGGGGAGCACCGAUGGGGGAGGCGGCGGCGGCGGCGGCGGCGGAAUCGAGUCGGAGGGAGCCAAGAUCGAUGCCAGCAAGAAUGAGGAGGACGAAGGGAAAAUGUUCAUCGGGGGCCUUAGCUGGGACACAACAAAGAAGGAUCUGAAGGACUACUUCUCUAAGUUUGGUGAAGUUGUGGACUGCACUCUGAAGUUGGACCCCAUCACUGGGAGAUCAAGGGGCUUUGGCUUUGUGCUCUUCAAAGAAUCGGAGAGCGUGGAUAAGGUCAUGGACCAGAAAGAACACAAGCUGAAUGGAAAGGUCAUUGAUCCAAAAAGAGCUAAAGCCAUGAAAACAAAAGAACCUGUUAAAAAGAUUUUUGUUGGGGGUUUAUCUCCAGACACACCUGAGGAGAAAAUACGGGAAUAUUUUGGAGGUUUUGGUGAGGUUGAAUCCAUAGAGCUCCCCAUGGACAACAAAACUAACAAGAGGCGUGGAUUUUGCUUCAUUACUUUCAAGGAAGAGGAACCAGUGAAGAAAAUAAUGGAAAAGAAAUACCACAACGUUGGUCUUAGUAAAUGUGAAAUAAAAGUAGCCAUGUCAAAGGAACAGUACCAGCAGCAGCAGCAGUGGGGGAGUCGGGGAGGAUUUGUUGGAAGAGCUCGAGGGAGAGGUGGAGGCCCCAGUCAAAACUGGAACCAGGGAUACAGCAACUACUGGAAUCAGGGGUAUGGGAACUAUGGUUACAACAGCCAAGGGUAUGGUGGUUAUGGAGGAUAUGACUACACUGGUUACAACAACUACUAUGGAUAUGGUGACUAUAGCAAUCAGCAGAGUGGUUAUGGGAAAGUAUCUCGGCGAGGUGGUCAUCAAAAUAGCUACAAACCAUACUAAAUUAUUCCAUUUGCAACUUACCCCAAACAGACAUUGUAGCAGUAAUUGCAAGAAGUUCUUGAGCUGAAUUCCUGUUGUGUCGACUUCUCCUUAGCUUCCGAAUACAAUCCUACUAUAGUAAUUAAUGUAACUUUUUCUUUUGGUUGUAUUUUCUUAACUUAACAGAUAAGCUAAUGACACUCUAUAGUGGGUCGGCACAAAUCUUAAAUGCGACUUUUGGGCCCAGAAGGUCCAUCCACCGAAAUAGUUUUGGUGGUGGUUAUGGGUAUUAUAGAUGUUUAUAACAUCUAAGCAUUUCCUAAGUAAAUUUGCAUACAAUGAAAAGCUUGUCUUAAACAUUGGUGCACAUGUGGAUUUCCAGCUCAUGGACUCUUCUGUUCAGCAUUAAUUUAAAAAAGCAUAUAUUUACAUGAUUAAUGUUGAUAUACCAUAUUUACAUAGAGUGGGAAAUAGGGGUACCUAAAGUACAGUUGUCUGUUAAUAAAAAAAAAGCCAACAAAAAAACUUCUCUGCCGACUGUCAAUUUUCACAGAAUGACUUCUUUCUCUUUUCUUUUUCCUAGGUGGAGACGCAGUAUUUUCUCAUUUGAAGAUUCAUUUGAGGUGGCACAUGCUACCUGCUAAUAGCAGUUGAAACUAAUUUUUGUAUCAAGUCCAUGAAUUGGAAGUGAGACGUUGGGUCCCUCUGAAGUUUAAUUGAGUUUUCAUUAAGACAAAAUUGCUUUCAUGGUCUUAUUUCUUAAUUGCUAUGCUUAAGAAUCAAUUUGUUUUAUGCCCCUUUCUUAGUAUUGUAGCUCAAGUCUUGUGUUCCAAAGCCCAGUGUGACAGUGUCAUGAUGUAGUAGUGUCUUACUGGUUUUUUAAUAAAUCUUUUUGUAUAA